AUGGAGUUCGAUGUAGACCCAACAAAUUCCAACCAAACUACCACAAAUUAUGACCAAAUAAUUAACAUAUCGACAAUUGACUCCAAUAACUUUUCUUAUGGAGACUUUUUCGCAAACUACAUGCAAAAAAACGUCCCUUGUAUUAUAAAAAACGUCUCUAACGACUGGCAAUCGACGCACAAAUGGGUCACAAACGGCCAACCAAAUAUCGACCAUUUAAUGGCCAACUACCAAGACACAAAAGUCGUGAUAUACAAAUGCUCCGAGCGUUAUUUUAAUUCGCAAAAAUGCACUGAAGCAACCCUGGCACAAUAUUUAAAAGACUGGCCUGAAACCAAUGAUUUUUAUUUAAAAGAUUGGCAUUUGAAGUUACAACGGAAAAACGACCAAUUUUAUGAAGUUCCGAUUUAUUUUGCUUCUGAUUGGCUGAACGAGUAUUUUGUUGAAUGCCAAGAGGAUGAUUAUAGGUUUGUUUAUAUGGGACAAAAAGGCACUUGGACUCCGCUUCAUUCGGACGUUUUCGGCUCGUUUAGCUGGUCGGUGAACGUUUGCGGACAAAAAAAGUGGCUUUUUUUCCCUCCCGGCGAAGAAAACUACCUCAAAGACUCAAACAACAUUCUACCAUAUGAUAUUGCUGAAAUAAACCACUCAAGAAAAUGUUUUGAGGUACUUCAAAAUCCUGGCGAGGCAAUUUUUGUGCCUUCAGGCUGGUACCAUCAGGUUUGGAACAUGGAAGAUACAAUUUCCAUUAACCACAAUUGGGUUAACGGAUGCAAUAUAAACCUAAUGUGGCAAAAUAUGAAAGAAAACUUAAACAGAAUUAAAGAGGAAAUCAAGGAUUGCAAAACUAUGGAUGGCUUCAAUGCGCAUUGCCAGCUCAUGCUAAAAAGCCUUUUUGGCCUAAAUUUUCAAGGGUUUUUCGAUUUUUUGGUUUUUAUUUGCAAAAAACGUUUGGCAAUGAUGCAAGGCGAAGCCUCAAAAGUAUUAUUUCAUGGCCAUUCAAUCGGCACCAAUCACAUUGUGUUCGAUUUGAUGCAAAUUUCUAAAGUGCUCAAAGAUUUUUUAGGCUGUGAUGACGUCAUUAGUAGCACAAAUUUUAAUAGUGGAAAUUGUUUGUUACAAGAAAUUGUACAAAUUUUAGGAAAUAAAGAUUUUGCGUUCUAA